AGUCACCAAGAAUAAAGCCCGUUUAAAGGAUUAUGGAACUUAAGGUUUUUUAGUAAAUUCAACUUUAUUCUGGAGUUCUCAGAGAACAGCUGUCAGCUGAAUAUCAGCUAUCUCAUGUUGGUUUAACUAUUCAGGCAGUGUGUUCACCAUUCCGAAAACAAGUAGAAGUGUAGAUAUGUCAUUGAAUGAAGGUUUACAAAUUCCUCCGCUGCAACAUCUUUCUUCGGAAUCUGCUGCUCACAUGACUUCCGCUCCCGCAGGAAUGGAGACGACGCAAACAGAUCAGGCGUUCUCAAGAAAGAGCGAUUUCGUCAAACGCCUUCACCAAGUGUCUGAGCGCAUCUUCGCGAACGUGCUGGGAGACAUUAGCGAAUCUCCUAGUUUUGCUCCCUCUGAAUCGCUGGAGGGUGUCCGCCACAAUGCCGACCAAGACAUUCGAGAUCUCAUCGAUGCGCAUGCUCAUCUAGACCAGUUCUUUGCGCGCAAACGCCUCAUCUACACUCAGCAACAUCCCGAAAAAGUGUUACAAUCGUACAUCGCAGAAAUGAAAAAAGCCGUGGCGCGCAAAGAACACCUGAUCCGGCGUCACCAUACGAAUCUGUCCCGCUGGACAACCGUCUUGAAAAACGAGCCCCCUCCCUCCACAUCGGUCGAAGAGCGUCCCGUCUCCACACCGCAACCACCGGAUUCCCCGGCUAAACGGCAAGAAAUUCCCCGACCAGCGCCGCCCCUUUCCGCGGCCCCCCAGCCGUCCCCCGCUGCUCCCACUUUCCCCUCGCAACCGACGGGGGCGGCUGGCUUAUACGGCAGCAGCGCCCCCAGUCCGCAGCCGUACGUGCAGCCCGCCCCGCCUCCCAUGUACCACCGGCCGCAGCACCGCCAGCCCGGUGCGGGGUACAUGAACCGAGGACAAAUACCGCCGGGGGGCUUCUCCCAGGGGUUCAGCGGUCAGCCUUCCUCCUUGUCGGCCAUUCUGCAGUCCGCUCCCAGUCCCGGUCCGCUGAUGGGGCAGACGCGACCGAUGCGUUCGCAGUCUCCUAGUGUCCCGAGUCCGGCGUCGUACGGAGCCGUUCCGUCACCGCGCGUUCCGUGGCGAGCCUCCGCACCGCCCGGCGCAGUUGCUGCUCCGUCCAUGGGAUACGGCGCAGAGGAUCCGGGAGCCGCCGGAGAUAUGGGAUAUUAUCAACAACAUUCCCAAGGGAUGCCGGGUAGUGGUGGGGGAUCGCAUAAUAUGCCACAGUAGACACGGCAGCACAAAGUUACGUCGAAUCUUCUUUGACGGGUACAUGGCGCUACACGCCCUUUAAGAUACUGUUUAAUAAAUGCAAUUCAUGUUGUUUUGUUUUUACGUGAGUCGUGUUGUAUUAAUGGAACCAGGGCAUAUCCAGUUUAAUAAACAGAUGCUUUCCUUUCGUAACUAAGUCUGAUACUGAAGAACUUUUUUACUGUAUUUUCAUGGAUUUCAUUAAACUAAUGAUCCAACACCUCUAAACGUUCGUUUAGCGCUCGCCCUUCUUUGGAUUAUUCACUGAUGACGGCUACAAUAAA